AGCAGUAUUCUGUGCGCCCCUGAACACUCAGCAGUAGUUGUAUUUCCUCAUGACGCUUCUCAGAGUGGAUCAUCAUGUGGACACUGAACGGAUCCUCAGCUUUGGCUCGCGAGCUUCUUACAGAAUGACGGAAAUCAACUUAAACCAGAGGUUAUGAGACUUUUCAAAGGAACAGAGAGAGAGAUCGGAUUAGAACUUUGCGGUCCUAUCUGAUCCUUUAUUCUGUAAAUCAUGGCGCGCAGUUUUCUCCUGUGUUUUGUUGCACUGCUGUUGAACAGAUGUGAUUGGGCAGCGGGAUCUUACACACCACCAACACGCACUCAGCACGCGCGCGCCGUCAGCAGACACAGGAAUUGGUGUGCCUAUGUGGUUAUGAAAUCUGUUAGCUGUGUUAUGGAGGAUGGAGUGGAGACCUACGUCAAGCCUGAUUACCAGCCAUGUGGUUGGGGCCAGUGCUCGCAGGUUGUGGUAUAUCGGACAUUCAGAAGACCAAAGUACAAGAUUUCGUACAAAAUGGUGACAGAGAUGGAAUGGAAGUGUUGCAAUGGUUACUCAGGUGAAGACUGCAGUAAUGGCCCCAAUCUCGACUCACAGAACAGCAGUAGUGGAUCUUCUACAUCUGGAUCUAAUGUUGAAAAUGAACAGAAGGGUGGAGAAGGAAGAGGAGAGAGUGAAAAAAUCAUACAGCUUGAGGAGAAGAUUCAGAGUCUGACUAAAGAACUCCGUGACAUGCAGUCCACCUUACAGGGAGUGAAUCAAAGAAUAAACGAGCCUGCUGAUGCAGCCCGACCCGAAAUGAGGGAAACCAUUAACAGCAUUCAGACCAAGCUGGAUCUGCUUGACAACAUGACGCAAGUACAUGACAGGACCCUCAUCAGUAUAAACAACCAUCUGGUCGGUGGCAAUAGUGCAGGCAAUGAUGUAGACAGAGGAGGUCAGUACAGCACGCUGAAGGAUGAGAUUCUACAGGAGCUAGAACUUCGCAUCACACUGUCCUGCUCUUCCUGCCAGAGUGGAGUAGAGAGCAUUCAGCGGCAGCUGCAGGAGGACAGGGAGAGAAUCCGUGCAUUGGAAAAGCACGUAAGUGUCAUGGAGCAGCACAACAGGCAGACAGUGGAGGUCUUGCAGAGGGAGCUGGCCCGCUCACAGAGCUGCUGUGACUCCAGUGUGGAGCUGGAAAGGCGGGUUGGAGUACUUGAAAAGAAGGUUAGUUCUACUGCAGAAUCAUAUGAGAUCCUACAUGGGCGCAUUGAGAAAGAAUUAAAAGAAACCACUGGGAAUACAGGACAAGGAAAGGUAUCAGAGGAGAAGCUGAACAGCCGCCUGAGAGACUUGGAGCGUCGACUGAAUGGAACGGUGAGGAAAGCUGAGCAAAAAUGCUUUCACACGGAGAGCAGUAUGAAGGAGCUACUGCAAAGAGAAAUCAGCAAGAUACGGACCUCUGUCCUUAAUCAAAUUCCUGAUCAUAACUUAAGAAUUUCAAACAUUGAACGCGACAUGAGGGACGUAGAGGAUUCCAUUUAUGACCACAAGGAUCGCAUAACUAAGUUGGAAAACAAGACAUCUGUCUUUGAGAACAAGUUGACGUCAGCAGUUGUUUUGUGUGCAGAGACAUGUGCAGCACAAGACCAAGAAAAUAAGAUUGAGGAUGCUGUGAAAAAAUUGGAGUGGAAAAUCAUUGCCAACAAGGAAGACAUCCAGAGGUUUGACACCAGGCUGAAAGAUCUCUCUGUGUCUGGUGACUCCAUGAUGGACCGCAUUUCAGACCUAAGCUAUAACGUUCAGGACAUCAUGGCUUCGAUGGGUGAGAAUGGUGAGAACUUUAAUAAGACAGUCUCAGAAGUGGAGAUGUUAAGGAUUAACUGCCGUGCUUGCAGUUCUGCUUUCAGUGAAAUAGAGAAUGAACUCAGAACCUUGAGAAACACAACCAUCAGCACAUUUGAGAAAUAUCAAGGUGAAUUCACCAACUUGCACAGAAAACUGACCUCUGGUGAAAGUGAAUGCUCUCAGAUCUGCUCCAACUUGCAGGAGGAAGUGGGCAAGCUUAAAGAGGAAGUGGAGAAAUGCCAGGACCAAUACCAUAUUAGUACGACUGAACACCAGAAAUACAUCAAUGGUCAGAAUAUCAUAACUAGCACACUGGGAAAGGAACUCAGGUCCAUUCAAGGUGAGCUCUCAGGAAUCAAGCUGACCUUCAGCUCCAUCAAUGACACCCUGAGGGGACUAGAUCAUACUGUUCAGACACAUGGCAGCACUAUAACUGACCUGGAUACUUCAAAGAAUAAAAUCUUUUCACAGAUCGACAAGAUCCAGGGCGGGCUGGACGAGCACAUAGAGGAUAGUCAGGAACAGUUCAAGAACAUUAGCGAUGACAUUCAGAAAUUCAAUAGCAGUCUGUUGGUGGAGACGAGUGAAUGCAAACAUGCUAGUGAGGGGCUGGAGAAGAGGCUUUUGAAAAUGGAGAAUGUUUGUGGCAGACUGGACUCACUUUCAGAGAAUCUGCAGCAGAUCCAGAAUAUAAUAAGCGAACAUAUUUCUGGACUUUGGACCUGUGUUAAUGGGCUCAACACUACCAUCAUUACUCAGGGAGAGGCCAUACACAACAUUGAGAGUGUGAAUUUGGAGAAUAUCCAUGUCAAGAUGAACAAUCUCAACUCAACACUAUUGGACAUCCUGAAAGAAUUCCAGACCUUCACUGAGCAGGACUUUAUUGGACCUCCUGGACCACAAGGAGAGAGAGGUGACCAAGGUUUACUAGGUCCAAUGGGACCACCGGGGAGAGAAGGUCGCCAGGGCAUACCAGGGAAGGAGGGACCAAUUGGACAGCCAGGCUCAAGGGGUGAAAAAGGUCCUCCAGGAGAUGAUGCAAAAGUACCACGGCUGUCCUUUUCAGCAGCUCUUACAAAACCACAAGUUAGUUCAGGCACCAUUGUCUUCAACGAGGUCUUUGUCAACGAAGGGAUGUCAUACAGUCCGCACACAGGCAUAUUCACAGCACCGGUGAGUGGACGUUAUUUCUUCAGUGCAGUCCUGACUGGUCAGAAGAACAUGAAGAUAGAGGCAGUGUUGUCCAAGUCUGACUACGGUAUUGUGCGUGGAGACUCAACUGGAUACCAGCCAGAGGGUUUGGAGAAACCUUUGGCUGAAACAAGAAACGCUCCAGGAUCUCUGGUCAUUUUCAACAUCAUACUUCCCCUAGAGGAGGGAGACACAGUGUGCAUUGACCUGGUCACAGGGAAACUGGCUGAUUCCGUCGAACCUCUUACCAUGUUCUCUGGGAUGCUGCUGUAUGACAAUGUGGACGCUGUGUUAUAAGAGUGAAAUGUUCUACUUAGAAAAGGAAAACCGGAGAUGUGCAGACUUGAUGAUGAAGUACUUUUGAAAAAUAAUUUACAUUGCCAAGUGGCUGCAGCACUGUUGGGUGACGCAAUAUGCGUUAUUUCUUAAAAUCAUAUUUGUUGUGCCACCUGUUAAUACUUGGUGUAGGAGAGUGUUUUUUUUUUUCUUUUCAGAUCAAGAUUCAAGAUUUUAUUUGUCACAUACACAUUUAUACACAGGAUAUAACUUGCAGUGAAAUGAAAACCUGGCCUUAUCCACUUUAGACUGUGCAUUUUGACUAACAUUUCUGUUUCAGUAAAAUUUAUCACAGUGUUAACAAGGUCUUUACACAAAAAGAAGUUUGUACUGCCUCAGUGGCUUCAUCUGGAAAUUUUAACCAGGAAGCUCUCUUUUCUUGACACUCAACAUCCAGUUGUGGCAUCUGUACAACACCCCCAAACCACUGCGGUUACAUUUUCUUUCUUUCUUUCUUUCUUUCUUUUAAAAAAAAUGUUUGUAGACAUGCACGUUGGAGUUUAAAUUGAAUUAGCAAAGAGAGAGAGAGAGAGAGAGAGAGAGAGAGAGAGGGUGAACAAAGCAGUGUGUGUUUGCUCAAGGCUAAAUUUUUCCUGAAAUGGCCAUAAUAAAGCAGUCAUAAUUAUUUUAUGCCUUCAAAAUUCCAUAUUUGGGGUGAAAGAAUUCACUUCCGUGUGACUGCAGUUCAAUGAGCAAAAACAACAAAAAAAAACAACUUUGAACCAGACAUUUCAGAUCAUAAAUGGCAGAAGCUAUGAGAAAGCAUGCUUUUGUAAACCACAGAAUUGUCAGUGUGAUACUGUUGGUUUCCUCAGCAAUGAACUUUUACAAUACAAACAAGAUAAAUAGCUUACAUAUACUGCGGCUUUGAAGUUCACAUUGUUUUAAUGAGUUCAUGAGAGGAAAAUAAGGAGCAUCUUGGUGGAACAGUGGAUCUGAGACCAGUGGAAACCUUAAUGCAAGGGAUUGUACUUUUCAACUUGACUGUUGUGAGAACAAACACUGAUCUCUUGAUCCCAAAAUACAAGAAAAGAAACCAGACCCUUUAAAGCCACUGGACUUCUUUUAUUAAAGAAUAAUUUUUCAAGUUAUUGCUAGUUCCUUGCUAUUUGACCAUUGAACUUUCAUCAGUUUGAAUCAUUAUGUAUGUGCCACAUAUAUUUUGUUUAAUACUCUAAAUGCCCAUAGUUUAUAUACAGUAUUAAUGUGCAUCAAAUACAUUCUAAGCAAUUAUUUUUUCACACAGUUGUCUGAAGAUAAUCUUUGAAAAUGCUUUUUUGUUGUUGUUGUUUUUGCUUUUUUUGUGUAUGUUACCAUUUCCAACUUAAAAAAAAAAAAAAAACUUUUUGGAAAAAAAUACACCUUUAUAGACAUUUAUUGUUUUGUGUGAGUAUGUGUGUGUGUGUGUCCUCAUUUUCUAAAAUAAAUAUAUGUGAAGUCUUG